AUGUACACUGAUCAUCAGGGCACUGAUGAUCAGUGUGGCCCCAGAAAAGUGCCACCUGUUAGUGCCCAUCAGUGCCACGUGCUAGUGCCCAUCAAUGCCACAUAUCAGUGCAUACCAGUGCACAUCAAUGCCACAUAUCAGUGCCCAUCUGAGCUUCCUUUCAAUGUCAUCCAUCAGUGCCAGUCAGUGCCACCUAUCAGUGCCAUCAGUGCCGCCUAACAGUGCCAUAUAUCAGUGUCAUGUAUCCGUGCUGCCUUUCAGUGCCCAUCAGUGAUGCCUGUCAAUGCCCAUCAGUGCAACCUACCAGUGCCUCCUCAUCUGUGCCCAUCAGUGCCACCUAUCAGUGUCCAUCAGUGCAGCCUAUCAGUGCCCAUCACUGCAGCCUCAUUAGCGCACAUCAGUGA